AUGUCAGAGCGGUAUAAAGAAACAAGAGCGGAUUAUCCCCGUUACGCCUUCAACUACGCGAUCAACGACCCAAUCACUAGAGACAACAAAGCCCAGUGGGAGGCGAGGGACGGCGAUGUCGUCAAAGGCGCUUAUUCCCUGCGGGAGCCAGACGGCACGAUCCGCGUCGUCGAGUACUCAGCAAACGAUAUAAGCGGAUUCAAUGCGCUCGUGAAGAAAAUCGGUCCCAACUUUCACCCAAUAACGGUACUGACGAAGACAUCCCAUGGCGUAGUCCCGAUAAUACCACUGGCGCCGAUUAAAGUGAACCCAAUAAGCAUAUCCUCGAUCGAGACAGAUUUGCCUAUUGCCGACGUCAAAUUAAAUUACGGCUUCGGCGCCGCGCCUUUGGCUAUUGGACUCCCGAAAGUAACCGCCCUGGGCCACUGGAGUCUGCCAUGGGAUCCCGUCACAGGGUCUUACGGGGGCUGGGUGCCCAUUGACGGUCCGGUCCCACGCGGACCCUACGCCACGGUAUACAGCAAGAAAUACAUCAACGGUAAGCUGCACGAGUGGUCAACAGGGCCUAUACCCUUAAAUGGGAAGAAGUUAGUCAUCAAAACCAAGCAU